AUGGACGGCAACCCUUUCGGCCGUCAUCAUGGCCACAGCCGGCGGGGUGCAUUUCCCUUCGAUCCACAACCUUUGGAAGUAAACGACGAUUUCUCCGCUCCCUGGCCGCCCGCUCCCGUCAGCGGCAUCGCCGGCGUUUCCCCCGCUGCCGCUUCCGCUGCAGUUUCAAUCUCCCACUUCCUCCCCACUCACUUCAACCCCCCGGAUGCUUCCGCCUUCGGCGCAGCCGCGAAUUCCCCCGCGGACCGUUCCGCUGCUUCCGCGCAGCCCUUCCUGCGCAAUGAGGCGCAGCUUCCCGCGCCUUCCGCGCCUCUUGCGCCUUCCGCGCCGUCUCCCGCAGCUGCGCUUGAGUUCGCGUUGCUAGAAUCGCAGCUGCUGUCCGCAGUGGCGCAUCAAUCGUCGCAGCAGCAAGUGUCGCAGCAAGCGACGCAUCAGCCGUCGCAGAGCGUGUAUGACGAAGAGCAAUUCACUUCGGCAGAAGCAGGUUUGGGACUUGUAGGUUCGGAGGCAGCGGACCUGUCACUUGUGGGCUCGGCAGUAGCAGGUUUGGAACUAGUAGGUUCGGCAGUGGCAGGCUUGGCAUCGGACGGAGCAGACGCAUUCGAUUUGGAUGCGGUUGAGGUGGCUCGGUUGGGGGGAGAUGAAGCCGAGGAGGAGGGUGGAGAGGGAGAAAGGGAAGGAGAUGGGGAAACUGGAGGGGUGGUGGGUGGGAGAGAGAGCAGGAAGAGACGGCUGGAGGACUUAGGCCAGACAGAAGGAGAGGAGGAAUGGGGAGUUGAAGGUGAUGUAGAGGAGGGGGAGGAGGAAGAAGGGAGAGAGGGGAGAUUGAGAAAGUUGAAGAAAGGAGGGGAACACAAGGAGGGAGAAGGGGAUGGAGAGGAAGGAAAGGAAGGCGAUGGAGUGAACAAGGGCAUCGCCCUGCUUUACCCAUCCAUCCCCACGACUCCCUCACCUCUCCUCUGCUCCGAAGCUGAAUUCCAAGAGCUCUUAACCUGCAUCGAGACUUCCACUAACGAGGAUGCCAUCGCCAUGGUGCUCCUGCUGCUGCUGGAAGAGCAGCGCGCCGCCAAAGAAACCUCCUUCUUCCUGAAGCGCCUGCGGGUGAUUCGCUCCGAGUACCUGCUUCGCCACCACUCCCUCGUGCGUUCUAUCGAGCUCAACCUCCACCGGGACAUCGCAGACAACAACGCGAUCCGCCAGCAGGAGAUCCAACGGCUGAGGCGCGUCUGCAUGGCCGGCAUGACAGCUGGCGCCACGCUCUCGCAGCACCAGAUGGUCUACCGGAGGCUGUGGACGCGGCCGCGCUCCCGCGCGUGGUGGGAGGAGUGUAUUGACCCAAAUUACCCCCCGGAAACGUUCCGAAAGACGUUCAGGAUGAGCCGAGAGACCUUCAUGGAGCUCUGUGACAUUCUGGGGCCGCUGAUUGUGAAACGAUCUACCAGAAUCAGGGAAGCGAUUCCUGUGGACAUCAGGAUUGGAGCGUCGCUCUGGCGCCUGGCCACUGCCGAGCCUCUCCAUUUGAUCUCCAGGAGGUUCGGGCUCGGCCAGACCACCGUGCAUUUCGUCUCAAAUGACGUUCUCAAGGCGCUGAACGAAGUUGUUCUGCCCAAGGUGGUUGUCUGGCCUGAGCCGGGCAGCACCCGGGCAAGUGAAAUUUCUUCCCAGUUUCUGGACCUGUGCGGGCUGGACCACGCUUCGUCUGUGGCACAGCAGCUGGGAAACGGGAAGCUGAUUGCAACUCUCUACACAACCCACCUGCCCAUCAACACGCCACGGUCCAACCUUGCAAAGUACCACAACAAGCAGCACACAGAGCGAUUCGCCCGCCCCUCCUACUCUAUAGCCAUGCAAACAGCCAUUGAUGCCAACGGGCAGUUUUUGGAUCUUUGCAUCGGGCUGCCCGGCGCGCUUUCUGAUGAGGAGGUGUUGCAGCAGUCGACCCUCCACCAGAAAGGACAAGCUGGGGAGCUUCAGGGAGCCAAGGUCAUUGGGUUACGGUCGUACCCGCUUCUGGAUUGGCUGCUGGUUCCGUACCCCCAUUCAGACAGCGCCACGUGGUAUCAGACCACGUUCAACGAGUGCAUAGAGAAGGGCACUGCGGUGGGGAAGGACGCGAUUGGCCGGCUGAAGGGACGGUGGCGGAUCCUGCUUCGGCGGGCUGAGGGGAAGCUGCAUGAGCUGCCGCGGUUGGUGGGGGCGUGCUGUGCACUGCACAACUUUCUGGAGCAGAAGGGAGAGGCGUUUGACCCUGACUGGGCGUAUGAGGCGUUUGAUGACUACGUGCCCGCCAGGCGAGCCGAUGACGAGUCCCCUGCUGCCGUGGCCGAGAGGGAUGAGUUGGCCCAGGGGAUGUUCCAGGCAGUGCACGGGUGGGAGGGCGACGCUGCCAAUGCGCUGUGA